AUGGCAAGUCAGACUCAGACAGGAACAGACCGCUCUGCCGCUGCAUCUGGCUUGGGCUACAAGCAGUGGACUCGCAAAGAUCUAGCCGUUAUUCUCAGCCACUACGGCGUGCGUUUCGGAGAAAGAGAUAGCAACAAUGUGUUGAUAGGCUUGUUGAAUGAGCUCGCUGCGCAGCGUGGAUUGACACGUGAAGAUCGCUUGACCAUCAUCAACGCUCAUAAAGCCGGUACACGCCUCCCCUCUCGUAAGCCUGUAAUUCGAGCUCCGACAGUUCGAUCCACUAUCACUCAGCCUGUUGUCGCUCAUCCUGUCAUCACUCAAACGGAGGAACACUCUUCAGGCACCAGUGAUGGUAGCGACGUCGGAAUGUCUAAGGACGAGCUUGCGGAAGAAUUGCGAUCCCUGUCUGAGGAAGAGCGGGAAUACACUGCUACAAUGAGUAUGCCAAACAGCACUGGACAACGUCGGACUCGUGGGCUACGUUUAACCGCAUCUGAGGUUGCCAACCGCCCACUGCUUGUGAGCCGCCCUGUGGUGGGAAACCGACCGGCCACUGUCAACAGCAGAGCUCCAAUUCGUCGCUCAAAUCCAGCAUCUGCCAAUCGCCAAAGAUCUACGAUUCAUUCGGGAUUGAACCAUCUUGCUCGUCCACGAGCUACCAGAGCAGCCACAACCAUUCCACCGAGAAGCGAGCCAGCAGCCCCACAAGCCAUCAAGGCUUUAAACCAUGAGUGUCUCAUAUGCUACGAUCCAUUCGACCCAGUCAAGACUCUUGUACGCCAGCCUACGUUAUCUUGUGUGCAUGAGGUGAACAUUUGCAGACCAUGCCUGGCUGCUUCGAUCUCUUCGCAACUGGAGACCAAAUUGUGGACCCACGUCGGCUGCCCCACCCCGGCUUGUGAAGAGCUUCUUGAAUAUGGUGAUGUCCAGAAGUUUGCAGAGCCUCACAUAUUUUCAAGAUACUUUGAGUUCACCUUCCAGGCAGCGCAAGUUGACAGCCACUUUCAGCGCUGCCGUACACCGGGAUGCAAGUCCGGCCAGCAAUGCUUCCCGGAGGACACCAUCAUGAAUUGUCAAGAAUGCCAUCGCAAAACCUGUAUUACUUGCGAUACCGAAAUGCAUCCCGGUAUCUCAUGCGGCAACAAAGAAAAGGAGCGCCAAGCUGCCCAGCAAACCCACGAAGAAGCUACCACAGGAUACCUAAAGACGCAAGCUAAGAUGUGCCCGGGGUGUCAGGCUCCUUCUCAAAAAACAGGAGGAUGUGAUCAUAUGACCUGUAAGAUCUGUGGUUAUGAGUACUGUUGGCGCUGCCUUGCGGAUCACGGACCGAUCAACGAAGAAGGGAACCACCAUCAUGCCCCAUAUUGUAGACACCACUCCAACAAUCCAUGA